CCCCCCCCCCCUUCCUCCGCCACUCAAACUCUUCCUCUUCACAAUUAGCAAACAGCGAGCUAGGUCACUUGCAAGAAUCUUACGUAGCCUAUAACGAUGAGAAAGCAACUCCUCUCCCCAUUCGUUCCUUUCUUGAUGUUCCUCCUCUACAGCUCCACGACUGUUGCUCAAACCCCAUCACCAGCACCUUCAGGUCCAACCAACAUCACCGCAAUCCUCGAGAAGGCUGGUCAGUUCACAACCUUGAUUCGGUUAAUGAAAAGCACCCAAGAGGCUGACCAAAUCAACACACAACUAAACAACUCAAACCAAGGCCUAACAGUAUUUGCACCACCUGACAACGCCUUUACUAACCUCAAAGCAGGCACGCUGAAUUCACUCAGCGAUCAACAAAAGGUCCAACUGGUGCAAUUCCACAUCAUUCCAAAUUUCUUUUCCAUGUCAAGCUUCCAAACUGUGAGUAAUCCCUUGCGUACUCAGGCCGGUAACAGUGCCGACGGCGAGUUCCCGCUAAAUGUGACAACAUCAGGGAAUCAAGUGAACAUAACAACAGGGGUUAAUACUGCAACAGUGGCUAACACUAUAUUCACUGAUGGCCAGUUAGUUGUGUAUCAGGUGGAUCAGGUCCUUCUGCCAUUAGAUCUCUUUGGUACAGCGGCAGCACCAGCACCUGCACCUUCAAAGCCUGAUAAAGAUGUUCCAGCCAAAGCUCCUGCAGGGUCAAAGGAAGAUGCCUCUGUUGAUGCUUCAGGUGCAACCAUUGCAACUGUAUCUGUCAGUAUCGUGCUGAUCGCAGCAAUUUCAUUGAAGCUAUGAGUUUUUGUUUUCGGAAAUUGAUAAGGAGUUCUUGUUUUAUUGAUCUGUUGUGAUUUGAACUGAGGUGGAUUAUUCUUUGGUUACUCUCCCUCUCCUCUUUUAUGUAAUGUACCAUGAUUGGCUGAGAUCUUCCUCUCCACUCAAUUUUGUGAUCUUAUGUUCAAAUUUAAAGUUAAUUGCAAUAAAAUUCUUUGACGCA